UUGUUUGUUCUCACGCCCCACCUUCAGACUCGGUCGCCGGAAAGUUCCGUUUGCCGGAGUGUGAGGAGCUAACAUGGCAGCACGUUGGGGGCUAUGGUGUGUCUCUGCGACCAUGAUGGUGGCGCUGCUGCUCAUAUACGGAGUUCCCUCGGCUUCUGCCCAAAGGAAAAAGGAGAUGGUGUUAUCUGAAAAGGUUAGUCAGCUGAUGGAAUGGACCAAUAAAAGACCUGUAAUAAGACUGAAUGGAGACAAGUUUCGUCGCCUUGUUAAAGCCCCACCAAGAAACUACUCCGUUAUUGUCAUGUUCACUGCUCUCCAACUUCAUAGACAGUGUGUCGUGUGCAAGCAAGCUGAUGAAGAAUUCCAGAUCCUGGCAAACUCCUGGCGAUACUCCAGUGCAUUUACCAACAGGAUUUUUUUUGCUAUGGUGGAUUUUGAUGAAGGUUCUGAUGUAUUUCAAAUGCUAAACAUGAAUUCAGCUCCAACUUUCAUCAACUUUCCUGCAAAAGGGAAGCCCAAACGGGGCGAUACAUAUGAGUUGCAGGUGCGUGGUUUUUCAGCUGAGCAGAUUGCCCGGUGGAUUGCCGAUCGAACUGAUGUCAAUAUUAGAGUUAUUAGACCACCAAAUUAUGCUGGUCCCCUAAUGUUGGGAUUGCUUUUGGCUGUUAUUGGUGGACUUGUGUAUCUUCGAAGAAGCAAUAUGGAAUUUCUCUUUAAUAAAACUGGAUGGGCUUUUGCAGCUUUGUGUUUUGUGCUUGCUAUGACAUCAGGUCAGAUGUGGAACCAUAUAAGAGGACCACCAUAUGCUCAUAAGAAUCCCCACACAGGACAUGUGAAUUAUAUCCAUGGAAGCAGCCAAGCCCAGUUUGUAGCUGAAACACACAUUGUUCUUCUAUUCAAUGGUGGGGUUACCUUAGGGAUGGUACUUUUAUGUGAAGCUGCUACAUCUGACAUGGAUAUUGGAAAACGAAAGAUAAUGUGUGUGGCCGGUAUUGGACUGGUUGUAUUAUUCUUCAGUUGGAUGCUAUCUAUUUUCAGAUCUAAAUAUCAUGGAUAUCCAUAUAGCUUUCUGAUGAGUUAAAAAGACUGCAGAGAUAUGUAGCUACUGAAGCAAUGGAAACUGAAACAUGAAGAAACAUGUGUGUUUGAAAAAAGAAUGCAACUGUGUCUUUUGUAUUACCUCUUUUUUCCAAGUGAUUUAAAUAGUUAAUCAUUUAACCAAAGAAAAUGUGUAGUGCCUUAACAAGAAAUUUCCUGUCAAAAUCAUGAAAUAUUUAGAUACCAUUCUCUUCUUAACCCUCAUUUCCCAAAAAAAACUUUAUGGAAACAUUUAAUUUACAAAAAAAUAUGUAUUAUAAAAUUUAUUAAACAACUAUCAUUUUAAUGAGAACAGUAUUCAAAACUGCCUUAGUUAACUUUUGGUCAUCUGAUUUUAUCCGAAGGUAAGAGGGAAAGUUCUGACCAGUAAUUUCUGUGUAAGUGUGUUAAUAACUGCAUCAUGAAUCCAUUCUUAGCUUUUCCAUUUUUGCUGGAUGUGUAUGCUUUGCACAUCUUUCCUUUUUGGUAGAGAAAUCAUAUAUAUUCUGUAGUCUUCUGAAAUAGAACACCAUUCUGCAGAGUUUGUAUCUAACCUUUAGAAAGCAAAAGGAGCCAGUCCUCUUCUAGCCCUGCCCCCUUCUCCCACCACAGUGCUAUCUAUGCUUCUUGAUAGCUGUAAAAAUUAAAAUACAUCUAUGAAUACACUAUUAUGAUUUUUAUUAUUUCUACAUGAGUGUGGUGUUCAAGUUUCCUAAAUUUAUUUAAAGGUGGACCCCUCUUUAAUAAAAAUGUGGCCUAGUGUUUAAAUCAGUAUAAUUUAAGAAUGGUCUAAAAUGGUUUUGUAAAUUAAAAUUUUUCAGUUAUUUAAUUUGUACCUAAGGGGGGAAAAAUAGACUCAGCUGGUUAAGUUGAUUUUUGUAUUAGAGUUACAACAUAUUUCAUUAACCCUUGUGCAUAAAAAAAGGAAUCCCCUACACUGGGUAAAGAAAAUCAUAAAUACUGAAUUAUUGCCUGUGAAGAAAAAGUAAACAUUUCUUUAAAGCUGUUCUUUUUUGCUAUUAUUGUAGCCUUCAUUCUAUUUCUUUAAGUGAAGAAACAGUAAACUUUUGAAGAGGGUUUGAGUUUUGUCUUUUUUUUCUUCUAGUAGUGGAAAUAACAUGUAUAUGCUAACCAAAUUUCUGUGAAGAAUGAGAGUUGAUGUUUAUCAUUAAAUCUAGCUGUCAUCUUCCCUAUAAUUAUGAAGAGUAAUUUGAGGUGCCUCUACUAGGUAAAUAUGGGAAUUAGGAUUGUGAAAAAAGGGUUUAAGAAAUCUUACAAGUAUUACAUGACAAUAAUACUAUGACUCCCUGCUACGUUUUACCAUCAAUAACUUUCCUACAUGGUCUAGAAUUUUAUAUAAUAGGGAUUUGCAGAAAGAGAUGAAAUAUAUUUUUUUUUCUAAAUUUGGUGGGUGGGAGGUGUAGUUGAACUUUUACUCUUUAGUGGAGCCGCUUCUGUUAAUUACUCCCCUGUAUAUUAUGUAAUUCUGGAUUCCUUAUCUGCUGUUUUUGAGUUUGUCUCAGGCCAAAUAAAUUUAUGCUGUGAUUCUUAUGAGACUUGUAUGAAGAUAUCCAGCUUUGUACAGACUGUCCGGGAGAAUACUACUGCCCAUGUAAUCUAUGUAGCUCCAGAUAAUUUGCUAUGAGCAUUGAAAGAAUAAUAGGGUUUUUUUUGUUUUUGUUUUUGUGUUGUCUCCCUGAGAGUGCAUUCUUUUGUAAGAUAAAAGUCGCAUUGUGGCUAAAAUCUGUAGAAGCAAAUUUACUGCACUUAGAAUAAUAUUACUAUUAUGGAAAAUUUGAAAUUUAGCUUUCAUCUGAAGUGCCUUAAGUAUACUCUUAACUUACUUUUCUAGUAAUGGUUUAAAUAUAAUUUCUUAUGGAA